ACGGAAUGGAUAGAGAGAAGAGAAGAGGAAUUAGAGAAGUAGGCUGAAGAUGCCGUCCACAUCUUUCCUACCACCUAUCAAUGGAGGCCACCUUCUCUUCCCUCCCACUUCUUCCUCUCUCAAUCACCAUCAUCUCUCUGCAGUUCCCACUCCCUACAUGUGGGGAUGGAGGAAAUACCAAGGUGGAAACAUAGUUGCUUUCAGAACCAAUGGCCACGCCCUUCAAAUGUUGCCCAAUCCUAAUGCAUCUCCAAAGAAAGGAAAUACUGAGGUGAUCAUGGUUGAUCCUUUGGAAGCCAAGCGAUUGGCUGCCAAACAAAUGGAAGAAAUCAAAGCAAAAGAGAACUUCAAGAGAAAACGACAAAUUGAAGCAAUUAAUGGCGCAUGGGCGAUGAUUGGUCUUACAGUAGGCUUGGUUAUUGAAGGUCAAACAGGAAAAAGCAUUCAUGUUCAGCUGGCUGACUACUGGAGUGCUAUUGUCGACUUUUUCAUGCUAUAGAGGUUUGGAUGUCGGGCUGAAAAUUGCAGAUUCGAUGUUGUAUCAUUCUUUGAAAUGUACGUAAUUUAUCUUUAAUUAAUUGCUGCAUCUGCCUGCACCAUUUAUACCAUAUAUGUUAUACUUGUAUCAGACUAAUCAGAACCUCUCUGCUGACCUGUUAUAAUUCAUUGAGGCAUUCUUUUCGAACUAUACUGGGUGGAAGCAUUUCCCCUUUGCAAUUUUGCACUACGUACUUUUUGCACUACAGAUUAACAAGAGAAUAUGAAGAGGAGAGGAUUCAGGGUGAUGGGUAGAUGCGUUAAAGUACUGCUCAGAUGAGUGGAUGGAUUCUCUCAAUCUGCUUCUCCACGGGGAAGACCAGGGGUAAGUGCUGAGAUUGGUGAUAAAUAAACUGCUGAGCUAAGGUGUACUGGGUAUC